CAACACAAUUAUACCAACUUUUCUCCAAACAACAUAUUUAGUUCUCCAUUUAUACUUCAUCAUCCAACAUGUUGGAAACAAUCUCAUACUAAAGAUUCAUCAUAACAACAGGAAUCUAACAUACUCUUAGUUUCCAAAUUUAGGCAAUAUGUCAGAGAACAACAAGAAUGUUGAUGGUGCAACUAACCACUUUUUUCAACCAUCGCGACGCCUUCCUACUCCAGGAAAGGCCACUAUACUUGCCAUGGGCAAGGCUUUUCCUUCACAACUCGUCCCUCAGGAUUGCUUGGUUGAAGGCUACAUGCGCGAUACCAACUGUCAAGAUAUGGCAAUUAAGGAGAAAUUGGAGCGCCUUUGCAAAACUACUACUGUGAAGACAAGAUACACAGUAAUGUCAAAAGAAAUUUUGGACAAGUAUCCGGAACUAGCGGUUGAAGGCACACCAACAAUCAAUCAAAGGCUAGAAAUCGCGAAUCCAGCAGUUGUUGAAAUGGCAAAACAAGCAAGCUUAGCUUGCAUUAAGGAAUGGGGAAGAUCAACUGAUGAAAUCACUCACAUUGUUUAUGUUUCAUCAAGCGAAAUACGCUUACCAGGAGGUGAUCUUCACCUUGCUACUGAGCUUGGAUUGAGGAGUGACAUUGGACGCGUAAUGCUCUACUUUUUGGGAUGUUAUGGUGGUGUCACAGGACUUAGAGUUGCCAAAGAUAUAGCUGAAAACAAUCCAGGAAGCAGAGUUCUGUUGACAACUUCUGAAACUACAAUUCUUGGUUUUAGGCCACCUAAUAAUGCUAGACCAUACGAUCUCGUUGGCGCUGCACUUUUUGGCGAUGGCGCUGGUGCUGUCAUAGUUGGAACAGAACCAAUUGUUGGGACAGAAUCUCCUUUCAUGGAACUGAAUUUUGCAUUGCAGCAAUUCUUGCCAGGAACAAAGAACGUGAUCGAUGGGAGGCUUACAGAAGAAGGGAUAAACUUCAAAUUAGGCAGGGACCUCCCUGAGAAAAUCCAGGACAACAUUGAGGAGUUUUGCAAGAAACUGAUAGAAAAAGGUGAUCAACUGAAGGAGACCAAGUACAAUGACUUGUUUUGGGCUGUUCAUCCCGGCGGACCGGCUAUACUUGACAGAUUGGAAAGGACACUCAAGUUACAAAGUGGGAAAUUGGAUUGUAGCAGAAGGGCAUUGAUGGAUUAUGGGAAUGUGAGUAGCAAUACUAUAUUCUAUGUGAUUGAAUAUAUGAGACAAGAGUUGCAGAAUAAGAAAGAUGGUGGUGAAGAAUGGGGACUUGCAUUAGCAUUUGGUCCUGGCAUUACUUUUGAAGGCAUACUCCUUAGGAGUCUCUAAUAAUGUCAUGUCAUAUGUCUGUUUAAUUAUGUUUGUGGUUUAAGGUAUUUUAGGUUGUUCAUUUUCUUUGUACUGUCUUUGUCUUUGAACAGAACAAAGAUGUUUCACUUUUUAAUUUUCAUUCUACAUGAAGCUAAAAUAAGAAAGAAAAUGAGUUCCAUAACUCAUGCAAGUUGUAUUGGAACUAUAGGAGAAUGUUACAUGACAAAUGAAAGAAUAUUAUUCUUGGAGAAAGGAUGUUAAGUUUGUCCAAUAAUAGUGUGAACAAUGUUUACAUGCUUGUUGAGUUGAUCAAUUUCAACAUGUUACUCACCUUUUCUUAAAAUUACCAUCCCA